AUGACGUCUGAUAUUGUUGGCACCGCUGGACGAGCUGUUAUUCCAGGAGAUUCCCUCUACAGUACGAAAGAAGGUUAUCAAUGUGGACGUGGAGUUUAUGAAUUGCGUGGAUACAUUCGAGCCGCACGUGUCGGAUACGUCUUCCUUACCGAGGAGGUGGACGCAAGUGGUAACAAAACAGCAAAAGUUGUCGAAGUUUUGAAUCACGAUGGCUCGUUUACGUAUCAGGUUCCAUUCAUUGGGGCUGUAGUUACAGCAAAAGUUGUGGAAAUUAGCGACAAGAAUGCAAAGUGUGCAGUGCUUCGCAUAGAGGACACAAAUUUGCCGGAAGGAAUUUCGUUCAGUGCCCUUAUUCGAAAGGAAGAUAUGCGAACAGAUGUGAAACUGGACCAGUUCAAAGUGCGAGAUUGCAUGCUCCCUGGAGACUACGUGAUUGCAAGCGUCAUUUCAACUGGAGAUUCGUACUAUUUACUAUCGACCGCCGAGAGCAGAUUAGGAGUUGUAGCAGUCAAAAGUCCCAACAAGAAUGUGUGGCUACCGCCCAACUGUAGCGAAGUGCAGAAUUUAGGACCACGUAAGAUAGCUCUCAUACCGAACACCUUACCUAAGUCUUCGGACAUUUUGCAAACGGUUAAUGACACUCGAAAUCAAUAA